AUGUCAAAUGCUGCUUGUCCUCCUCCUACUCCUCCUCUGCCCAAACGGAGACCAAAUGGCAAGAGCUCUUCUGCUUGUAGGGUUCUUAUGCAAAGUCAAGGGGUUGUUGGGGUUUCUGAUUCUCACUCAGUUAAGUCAACGAAGAUGAUGACUUGGGCACCCUUGUUCAUCAUGCCAUGUAUCAGCCACAGAAAAUCUUUCCCCAUGUAA